UGAGAAAGAUGCGUUUAUUGUUGCACAAUGUGUUACAGUACAAUCUGCUGUACCAGGACCUGAAGAGACUCUCAAAGAAUGGAGAGUAUUUCUGCAAAGAGCUCUUGACUGUUUUUCAACAAAGAUCUGAUUUGGAGAUAAAUUAUUCUAAAGGACUUCAGAAAAUUGCAAACAAACUCCUUAGAGUCUCCAAAGAAAUGUGUGACAACUCCACAUAUCAAGCCUGGUCCUUUAUAUCAGAUGAGAUGUUCACCUCUGCAGAUGCCCACCGAAUACUCGGAAAUUCUCUCAACCAAGAUGCUAUUCAAGAAAUUCGUCAAAUCUUAGAUGAACACACCAAAAGAAAAAGACCGCUGGACAACACCAUUGAAAAAUCAGGAAAACUUGUUCUCACAAACUGGAAUGAGCAGAUCAAGCUGAAAAAGAAGCUGAUCGGGUUAACAAGAGAACACGAGGCGCUCUUUGACUUUGUGGAAAAAAAUAAGCAAAUCUGUACUGAGAAAGAGAAACAGAAGAUGUUCAACAGAUUAACCAAGUCAGCUGAGCUUCAGGCCAAAGUUGAUGAAGAAUAUUUCAAUAUCAAUAUGGACGGUCACCACAUCCGACUGAAGCUGGAGAACACCUUAAAAAAUUGCUUCCAGAUUGUUCAGGAACUGGAGAAGCAAAGAAUAGAGACACUAUCCAAUACUCUGAAUAAAUACAGUCUCUAUAUGAAUGCAUAUUCACAGACCGUCUUUCAUAGUCAUGAACAGAUUGAGCAGGCGGUCAGGAGAGUUGACAUAGAGACGGACAUCCAGUCACUGCUCGAGAACGCCAGCGGGACAGUCGACGAAAACAAGGCCGAAUUUCUGAUGGCUGACUACUUUGAGGAGGAAGGGAAAACAAUCAUGUCAAAGGACAGAAGAAAAGAUGCCAUUAGGACUAAACUUCACCGACUAGACGACAACAUCACAAAAACCAAAAGUGACAGAGAAGGUUUAGAGAAAAUGGUGAAAGUUUAUACCGAACAACCAAACUUCUCAAAUCAAAAGAAUUUGGAAGAAACGGAACAGUUGCUUGAUGAGGCCAUACUCAAACUAGAUCUUCUGGAGGCCACACACAGUAAGCUGAGCUUCUGUCUGGCCGAGUUGGAGGGUAAACCGAAAUCUCGACAUCGGUUUAGUGAAAGUAUUACUAAAUGGAAAGAUAAGGACUGUGAACACAGCGUCGUUCAGCUUUCUCGCCCGGUGAGAAUCAAAAAGACUCCAUUCAGAUCACGUCAGUUUAUGAGGAGCUCAAUGUUUAAGGGAUCUGCAAAAAGCGUGGCCACCAAGGAGAACCUAAGUGAAGAACCAAAUGAUGUCAAACAGAACACGAAUGGCGAGCUGAGCAGUGCAGUGAAUGGAACCAUGAUCUCGUCUGAAUCCUCAGAGGGUGCAGAAUUCAGCUCUAUAGGCAAAUGCAAGGCUUUAUACAGCUUUACAUCAGAACGAGAGGAUGAGCUAAACAUAAAUGAAGGAGAUGUACUUGAGCUUUUCCAGAAAGAUGAAACGGGCUGGUGGUUUGGGGAGCUGAAUGGACAGAGAGGACAUUUCCCUUCUACUUAUGUUGAAGAACUUCCUGUUUUCAUUGAAACAAAGUCAUCAGAGGCUUAACUCCAAAUGAGCGCAAGAAGAACCAGAUGUCCUGUUCAGAUCUACACAAUCAUGAUUCAUUAAUACUGUAGGGUUCAACUCCUCAUUCACACAUUUUAAUCAAUUAUUUUCUUAGUUUUGAUUAUCAGAUAACAUUUUGAAUUCCAUUGAUUUUAAAAAUCAUUCAUUUUAAUAAACCGACUCACGUGAACACAUGCAUCAAAGCCUGGUUUCGAGAGAGUUAAAAUGCAUGUUUGAGCUGUCUAAUCUGAAAACAACUUGCACUGACUUAUCUUAAAACAUAAUCACUAACAUUGUUUUAUCUAAGUUAAAUUUAUAAAAGCUUAUUAAAUAUCCUAAUUUAUCUAAGGUCUAAUCCUGACUAAAGUCUUGUCUCUGAAACCAAGCCUGUAUAUUUUAAUUAAUAUAUAUUAUAUUGAACUGUAACACAUGGUUGCAUUUGUUAGCAUUAGUAAAUGCAUUAGUUAACAUGAACAAUAUAAUUUUACAUAUAGUUUAAUAUAGUUAUACAUUUUUGUUAAUGUUAGUUUUGUGUCAAUGUCAUUGUUCAGGUUUGUUUACUUCAUUCAUUAAUAUUAGGGUUACAAUUUUUGAUUUUAUAAAUGCAUUAUUUAAGGCUGAAAUUGACAUUAAUAUUAAUAAAUAGGCAUGGGCCGGUUACCGGUGUCAAGGUAUACCGAGGUUUCAAAACCACAAAAGUUUUCUGUGAUACUGUUUUCAAGGUAUGAACUGUGAAAUUCAUGUUUACAUUUCAAUUACAUCUUUUUGAAAGAAUAUUAUAAUUUAUAGGCUUUAUUUUUAUCUGGCAUAAACAUUGUAUGUUGCUUAAAAUUAGGGAUGCACAUUUUGGGUAAUUUUCCCAUUGCAGUUAUUGAUGCUAAUAUUGCGAUGUGCGGUUAUAAUAAAUGGUAUCAUGAGUCAACUUGAUGGGUUUUAAGGAAAAUGCACACACAGUUUAGUGAUAAUGCUAAAAUACGUAUUUGUAAAACUAGAAAUGUUUUCCACAU